UGUAACGUGCUUUUGGAUCCCUCCAGCGACAUAUUUAUAAAAGUGCUUGGAAUGCAAGAAGAUGGCAAUAAAACAGUCGCUUUCUUUACACUUUAGGAAACGCGCAGGGGACAUCCGAUGAAUGGGAGUCAGUUUCAACACCGUUCGUACAAGGCGAUCUGUAAAACGCUGAGCAGAGCGUACACUGGAACUGUGUUUAGAAACUAAACAUUCAAUCUGCCUCAUGUAUUUUGCAUAACGACGAGGAGAGUCUUAUUUGCGUGUCGAACUUUGAAAGGCUACACGGAUUUGGAAUAUGGAAAACAAACGGUUGACUCUUUGUUUUAUUAGUCGAAGGGAAAAAACAUCUUAUUAAACGGUACGGGGAUGGAAAAUGCGUGCGCGCUUUGGACACGCUGACAGAACAACCACAGGAUACAAAAAAGUGAAGACCUAUUGCUGGCUAAAUCACGGAGCCAUCUGCGGUUUGAAGGGAGAAAAAUCUUGAGGCUGGAUCCGGCCAUGCCAGAGGAACCCAGUAAAGACACCAUGACUGUCCCAGCGGCCCCGGAAAGAGCAGCCACAGAGAAGGCCAACAACAAUGACCACACUCCAACUGUGACUAUAGCAGCUAUGCCUUUGGUCACUGAAAUCCAACUGAAUGCAGCCACGGGUGGUGCAGAACUUUCCUGCUAUCGUUGCACAGUACCGUUUGGCUUGGUGGUUCUCAUUGCCGGUAUAGUGGUCACUUCUGUGGCUUACAGCUUCAACUCACAUGGGUCCACCAUCUCCUACUUUGGGCUUGUUCUGCUGUCUGCUGGACUAAUGUUACUGGCGUUAAGUGCGGUAUGCUGGAAGAUGAGACUUGAACGAAAGAAGGAGAGGCGGAGAGAAAGCCAAACUGCACUGGUUGCAAACCAGAGGAGCAUCUUUGCAUGAUGGGAUAGGCUGAUCAUUAAGGGCUCAGUUUUUCAAAGGUUAUGUAGCCGGGUUACGCCUAUCCAAUAGGAAACAAAUGCAUAUAAAUAUGUUGAAUAUUUAUGUAUAUUCCCCAUUCUGUCCCCAUCCAAGUAAAUGUAUUUGUCUGUUGUAGCCACUCAAUUUCUAUAUAUUUAGUCCUAUUUGAUAGAUAAAAUUUGGAUGGAUAACUUUUGAGAGAAAAAAAAACGUCCUAGGAGAGAAAAUACGUAUUUUGGAUUUUUGGCUGCUGUAGUGGUUAAUGUGAAGACCUUCAUGAGUAAGGUUGUAUGCUGAUGUGUUCAUGUCCGACCAUGUGGCAGAUCAUUGAACUGCAAGGCUUCGACCACACACGUCUCAAGGCUAAAGAAGCCAAAACAUGUUAGCCUUGAAGAAGUUCAAACAAACUAGCCACAUCUGAGGGGCUAGGCAAACAGCCUAACUGAAUGUAGCAGAGUUUAGACUUAUUACCACUGUACGUUUGACACAGUGCUGACUGUAUAAAGUUGCAUCUGGUGUUUUAGAUUUAUUGGGAGGGACUGUGGUCUAAAUGUAGAGAGGAAGAAGAAAUCCAGAAUAGUUUAUCAUCCUUCAUUUAUCAUGUUUCUGGCACAGAUCUGUUGUUGAGUCGGAUUGUUCCUUUUAAUUUCACACAUGAUUAUUAUGAUCAAUUACCAGACAUGGAAAUAUGGUACUUACAUGUUAAUUAUGUCAUGAUGUAUUAUGGGGAUACAAAAACAAACAAAAAAUUUCUAACAUCGUGUUCUACUAAGAGAUCAGGUAAAUUACAUGGCAAAACAUACUUAUUAUAGAGUACAUAGAAUUUAAUAUAACUUACAUUGAAUGAGGAUAUUAGAGGAUUCUCUGUAAGCACUUUGUUCCAGACCUAAACUUUAUGGUGUUCUAUUUACUUAUGAUGACAAGAUUGUUUCAAAAUGCUAGUCAUUUCAAAUAGUCUUGUUGUCAGUACUGUAAUUGCCAUGGUCAGUAAAUGUAUUUCAUGAGUUGACUUAUAUUAAUGGUCUAUUAUAUUAUUCUCCUUUAAUCGAACAGUUCACCUACAUGUAUAAAGUCACUAUAUCUGUGCUCCUUGGUGAUCCCCCAAAUAUUUUAAUUGUAUAUUUUAUUUUAUUCCAGAGACAAAAAAAACAAACAGUUCAAAUAUAAUUUGUUUUGAUACAUUUUAUAACAUGCUUUGACACAUUUUCAUAUUUCAUUGUGUUCAAUAGUAAGCGAUGAAUCAGCAAAUGUGACAAAUUUUUUCUUUGCCUUACUAAAUUCUACUUAUUCUACUUAAUAUCUUCUUAUCUUUCUAUAGAUUUACAGAUAUAUAUUGCGUAAAAAAUAUAUUCCUACAUUGUCAUAGAUAUUACAGAUACAGCAGUUUGGGGGAUCAACUCCAAGCACAGAAAGACUGAAAAUAAGGCCACAUGUAAACAUGGGUAUAAAAAUUGAUGAAUGUCUGCUUUAAUGUAAUUAUUAGUUUGUAUGACUCCUUUGUCAACAGCACACCAUUGUCAAAGUAAGGUUUAAUAAACUCUCAUCAAUAUUUA